AUGAAAGAAAUAGGACUUCACUUUCCAACUGUAUCAGUUUCAUGGUUCCCUACAUAUAUAAAAACAGAAAAUGAAACAACAACACCUGAAGCACAAUUAAAAAUGGUUCAAAAUAGUAGUCAUAUACAACAACAAAUAUAUUACCCAGGUGGAGCAUUUCAAAUAACAACAAUAAUUAAAGCACAAACUAUUCAAGAACAAAACUUUUAUGGACCAACAAGAGUAGAAGGUUUUUGGACUUACGAUGAAAAUAAUAUCUCUUGGAAUCCUUAUACAAAUGAAAAUGUAACUAUCCCAUUUUAUCCUUGGUAUAUUAUAGCAGUAGAAACAACAAAUAAAACAAACAUAGGAGAAGAAGACCAGUUAAUAGACUUCAAUCUCCAAUGGUAUAUAACCUGCUCCUUUGAUAGAUAUAUUUGCACUCCAACAGAAGAUGAAGAUAAUGAACCUAAUCCAGACAUAACACUAGUAGAUUUAAACUAUACAAUUACAAACGAUGACAUUAAUAAUAGAGAAGACAUAACAUUAGAACCAAAUGUACAUGAAGCUUAUGAAAAAGUAACUUUAAAAUUUCAACCAAAACAAAAACAAGUAAUAACUCUUCAAAUAACAAAUAAAACUUUAAAUUAA